AUGAAGGCCACAUACACCGUUCUCGCUACUCUGCUCGGCGCCGCAGCUGCCGGGCCCCUCGACUCGCGACAGCUCGGCCUCUCCCCGGCCGAGGUCACCGAGAUCGGCACGGAUGCCUGCCCCGACUACUACUACGGAGCCCGGGGCAAGUGCGACGAGAAGAUCAAGAUGUGCUUCAAGGCCACGGGCAGCAGCAAGGACAAGGCCAAGGUCACCAAGUGCGUCAAGGCCGCCAACGACAUCUGCCCCGACUCCGACGCGGAGUGCAACGAGCAGGUGAGCUCCUGCAUCUCCGACCUCGGGGCCAACAGCUCCAAGGAAAUGGCGCCGUACAGCCUGGACAAGGGCGUUCUGAAGGAGUGCGUGAAGCAGGCUCAGGAGAAGGCCGCGGGCGAAAAGCCCGCCGAGACCAGCGCGGAUCCCACCCCGCUCGAGAAGCUCAAGGCCAAGCACUGCGCCGGCCCCCAGACCGAGCAGUCGCUGCCCGCGGAGGAGUGCGAGGCGGAGCUGAAGAAGUGCAUCGACCAGGCCAGCAGCGGCGAGAAGCUCGACGAGAGCACGGUUGACGGCUGCAUGGCCAACAAGAGCCCCAUCAUCGGCAAGUGGAAGGAUCUCAUGGCCAAGCACUGCCCCGGCGAGCCCGAGGGCUGCGAGCACAACCUUGCCUCGUGCGCGAAGAUCGAGCCCGGCAAGAAGCUGGACGAGAGCACCGUCGACGGCUGCAUGGCCAACAAGAGCCCCAUCAUCGGCAAGUGGAAGGACCUCAAGGCCAAGCACUGCCCCGGCGAGCCCGAGGGCUGCGAGUACAAGCUUGCCUCGUGCGUCAAGACCAAGCCCGGCGAGGAGCUGGACGAGAGCGCCAUCCCGGACUGCAUGAAGGCGACCCAGGCGCCCGGCGAGAAGGCUGAGGGCCAGUACGCGGCGGCGGAGGGCACCAGCAGCGGCCGUCCCAGCUGCGGUUCCGCUUAG